GACGUGGGGCCAGCGGCGGUGGCGGCGUCAUGUCCUCGGAGGUGGCAGCGCGCCGCGACGCCAAAAAGCUGGUGCGCUCCCCCAGCGGCCUACGCAUGGUGCCCGAGCACCGCGGCUUCGGAAGCCCCUUCGGCCUGGAGGAGCCGCCGUGGGUCCCGGACAAGGAGUGUCCAAGAUGUAUGCAGUGUGAUGCCAAGUUUGACUUUAUCACCAGAAAGCACCACUGUCGCCGCUGUGGGAAGUGCUUCUGUGACAGGUGCUGCAGCCAGAAGGUACCACUGCGGCGCAUGUGCUUUGUGGACCCUGUGCGGCAGUGUGCCGAGUGUGCCCUGGUGUCCCACAAGGAGGCGGAGUUCUAUGACAAACAGCUCAAGGUGCUCCUGAGCGGAGCCACCUUCCUCGUAACCUUUGGAAACUCAGAAAAAUCUGAAACUAUGGUUUGUCGUCUUUCCAACAACCAGAGAUACUUGUUUCUGGAUGGAGACAGCCACCAUGAAAUUGAAAUUGCACACAUUUCAACCGUGCAGAUUCUCACGGAAGGCUUCCCUCCUGGAGAAAAAGACUUCCACACUUACACCAGCCUACUGGGGAGCCAGCCUGCCUCUGAAGGAGGCAAUGCACGGGCCACAGGCAUGUUCCUUCAGUACACAGUGCCGGGGAUUGCGGGUGUGACCCAGCUGAAGCUGAUGGCCGUGGAGGACACAAAUGCCAGCAGGAGGCCGGCUGCAGCGUGGCUGGCGGCCAUGCACAAGGCUGCCAAGCUGCUCUAUGAAUCUCGGGACCAGUAACUCCACAUGAGAGAUGAACUUGGAGGGCAUCUGAUUAGCAGGACUGAGCCACUUGGAACAGCAGCGCCUGCUCCCUGUGCCCAGCAGGAAUGAAUCCCACAUGUGCUAGGAAAUGCAGCUCAAGAAUGUGGAGAACCAGUAUUUACUUACCUAGUGCAAUAUGGACACAGUUCGUUAACGCUUUAAGCAGCCUCACGUUUUAGAAUCUAUUAUCUUGUUGAUACAAAAUUAGGGGUGGGAGAGACUGAGCUAUACAGCUGCUAAACUAUUUCAGCAUAAACUAUGCCACGUUUUAUGUGUUCCCAGGUUUACUAGAAGGUUCUGGCCCACCAGUGUUCAUUAAUUCUUCCAUAGACACAAUUUGGGUAGUGAUAACCCUGGCCUCUGGUUUGUACUGGAGCCUGCUCCAUCUUUCAUAGCCAGUUUACAGCAUUUGCCUUAGCCUAUUUAAUAGACUGCCCGUUUUCUUUGUCACUAAUGUUGGGCUAUGUACAAUCCUUUGAUAAUUCACUAAGGGGAAGGUGCCUGCUUUGUGUUUUGUACUUUUCACUUACUAUUUCACUUUAUUAAAAUGACUGUACAGUAAUUUGUAUAUAAAGCUUAUGAUUAAAACCUAUUUUGAAAGUACA